AGGUCAGCUCAAAACAUGGAGAGAGGAGCAGAGAAGCAACGAGGACAAGAGGAGGAAGAAGAGGAAGGAGGCUCCACGGAGAGGCCGUGGGGGGAUGUGGAGGUGCUGGCUCUGGUUUCGGCGUGGGACGAGGUGGUGGCUCAGCACGGGGCUCAGAGCAGAGUCACAUUCCAGCUGAUCUCAGAGCGUCUGAGGCGGCUCAGCGUGGUGCGUAGCUGGAGGGACUGCAGGGCAAAGUGCAGGAGCCUGAGACUGGACAGCACGAGGCCCCCAGCGGAUGGGAGGACGAUGGAAGGGACAGACCAGCAAAGAGGAAUCCCCUCGGCUCACACGCAGGAAGGGGUCAAGACCCAAGUCAGCGUGGCGGAGGAAGGCGGCCGCCACUGGACGGACGACGAGGUGCGCGCCCUGCUGUGCGUGUGGGCGGACGGCCGGGUCCGAGAUCGCCUCAAGAGCACGCUGCGCAACAAGUUCAUCUUCCAAGAGAUGUCUCGCCACAUGCAGCGGACGUUUGGGGUGGUGCGCAACUGGAAGCAGUGUCGCACCAAAUACAAGAACCUCAAGUACGACUACAAGACGGCCAAGAGCGCCCACGAGGGCGACGGAAGUAGUGGCAGUAGCGGCGCGGGGAAGUACAUGAAGUUUUAUGACGAGGUGGAGGCCAUCCUGAUGGACCGUGGCCUGAACGACAUGUCUCUGGAGGUGAAGGGGAAGUUGUUUGAUGGCGAGAAGACAGAAAAGUCUGAAGGCGAGGUCGUCAUAGAGAUUGAUGAUGAUGACAACAGCGAUGAUUGCGAUGAAGACGGCGACACUGAUCCAAAAUGGAAAGGACAAGAUAUGCCCAGCAGCGGCCAGUUCCAUGUGGUCACCGUGUCCGACACAGGCCGUAACUGGAGCGACCAGGAGGUGCGAGCGCUGAUCCGGGUCUGGUCCGACGACCGCGUGCGGCUCCAGCUAGAGAGCUCGACCAGAAAGAGGGACAUCUUUGUGCAGAUCUCCAACAGGCUCAUGCAACAGGGCAUUGAACGAGACUGGAAGCAGUGCCACACCAAGUACAAGAACCUCAAGUACCUCUACCGCUCCUUACAGAAGGGUAAGCCCGACGAGGGCGACCCGAGACGUCUCAUGAGGUUCUAUGACGAAGUGGACGCCAUUAUGAAUCGCAGGGCUACAGACCACCAAGCGGAUUUAGGUCCAGUUUCUAUGCUGGAGAUCCUUGAGGACAUUUCUUCAACCAAGGCUGAUAUGGUGACGGAUAUGGAGGAAAAAACUUGCAGCUCUGAUUCGCUUUCACCGAUUGGCAUUACAGCAAUGCCAAAGGAAGAAAAAGGGAUUCAAACAGAAAGUAGUCACCACUUGGAAUUACAGCACCGACUAACAGGCUCCUGUGUAGAUAGUCGAGCGCACGUCGACCUCAUCAACAGGGGGAGGAAAAGGAAGGCGGAGGAUGAAGACGACACAUUCCCGACACCAUUGAAACGGAUAGACUGUGGCAACAUGACAAUUAAAGAAGAGCCGGAUCACAUUCCGAUCAUAGACGUCCAUUCAAUUUGCUCCAUGGCCUCAAAAGAGGCUCCUCCAAAGACACAGGUGCAUGUCUUUGGAGGUGGGAGGAAGCCGGAGUACCCGGAGGGAACCCACGCAGUCACGGGGAGGACAUGCAAACUCCACCACAAAAACGAUGCAACUUCCUACACGCGCCUUAGAAGUGAUUACCAUGCUGCCUUCACGUACCUGUGCUGCAGCGCCACCAACCCCAGAGUCAGGACCUGGGCCACCUCCAGCUGUGUGGGCCACUCUCCGGCCGCCACGCAGCCGAACACCCCGCACUCCUCGCCGAUGCCGUUCUCCUCGAACUCCAUCCUCUCUUUCCACGGCGCGUCGACGAGAACCAUGGCCCCCAAACAAGAGUUGAGCAUCGGCAAGAAGCUGAACGAGGGAAAGACCAAGCAGAUCUUUGAGCUCCUGGACCAGCCCGGACUGGUCCUGGUGCAGUCCAAAGACCAAAUCACGGCCGGGAAUGCUGCGAGGAAAGACCAGAUGGAGGGCAAAGCGGCCAUCGCCAAUAAGACGACGAGCUGCGUCUUUAAGUUGCUGCAGGAAGCUGGCAUCGAGACGGCCUUUGUGAAGCAGCACUCCGACACGGCGUUCAUCGCCGCCCACUGCGAGAUGAUCCCUAUCGAGUGGGUGUGCCGGCGAGUGGCCACCGGGUCGUUCCUGAAGAGGAACCCUGGCGUGAAGGAGGGGUACCGCUUCUCGCCCCUCAAGAUGGAGAUGUUCUUCAAAGACGACGCCAACAACGACCCCCAGUGGUCGGAGGAGCAGAUCCUGGAGGCCAAAUUCCUCCUGGGCGGCCUUACCAUCGGCAAGUGUGAGGUGGACGUGAUGAACCGCAGCACGGUGGCCAUCUUUGAGAUCCUGGAGAAGUCGUGGGCCACGCAGAACUGCACUCUGGUGGACAUGAAGAUUGAGUUUGGCGUGAACGUGAAGACCCAGGAGAUCGUUCUGGCUGAUGUGAUCGACAAUGACUCGUGGAGACUGUGGCCUGCUGGAGAUAGAAGCCAGCAAAAAGAUAAGCAGGUGUAUCGGGACCUCAAAGAGGUCACACCAGAGGCGAUGCAGAUGGUCAAGAGGAACUUUGAGUGGGUUUCCGAAAGGGUCAAGCUGCUGCUGGAGUCCCAGGCCGGGGGCAGAGUGGUGGUCCUGAUGGGCUCCACCUCAGACCUGGCCCACUGUGAGAAGAUCAAGAAGGCGUGUGGCUCCUACGGCGUUCCCUGCGUACUGAGAGUCACCUCGGCUCACAAAGGCCCGGAUGAGACUCUGCGCAUUAAAGCCGAAUACGAAGGAGACGGCGUUCCGACCGUGUUUGUGGCGGUGGCCGGCAGAAGCAACGGCCUCGGGCCCGUGAUGUCCGGAAACACGGCGUACCCCGUCAUCAACUGCCCGCCUCUGACGCCCGACUGGGGCUCCCAAGAUGUUUGGUCCUCCCUCCGAAUGCCGAGUGGUCUGGGCUGUCCCACCAUCCUCUCCCCAGAGGCGGCGGCUCAGUUUGCAGCUCAGGUCUUCGGGCUGACCAACCACCUGGUGUGGUGCAAGCUGAGGGCCUCCAUGCUCAACACCUGGGUGGCCCUCAAGGUGGCCGACAAGAAGCUUCAGGCCUGCAGCAUCUGAGCUGACCGCCACCUCAGCGGGCCUGCUUGUGCUCUUCAUCACCCUCCAAACAUCAAUCUGUACCUGCGUCACAAACUAAUCAUUCCAUUCAAAUCAAUUUGAUAAACUUUCUAACAAACUUAGUCUGCUUUGUUUGGAUUACAUUUUAUGUGCGCUGAUGGAGAAAUGAUUCAACAUGAAGCAAGUAGUUUUCCCUGUAUUUGGAAAUUAAUUUCACAAAUAAAUACCAUGAAUA